CGGAUCUGCUGAACUCCACAACCAUUCCCAUUCCCACUUCACGACCCCCCCGCCUUCUGAUCGCCAUCCACCACCGACCACCCAUCAUCGCUCUUCCACCGCCGCCUCACCCUGCGCCCCGCUGCUGCGACAUCGCCAAACAUCAUUUCGCCGCACGACGGCCGGCACAGACCCCAGCGGCACGACUCAGAAGCACACACGGACACAGCAUCAGCAGCGAACCCUCGAACUCAAUCAGCGACGGACAGUCACGCCUGCCAAGACGACACUCUCGAACUUCCACUGCCUCCGCGCACCUCGCCGCCCGCCGGCACAUGUCCACUUGCGCGCCCAGGGCUGAGGGCUGCUCGUGAGCCUGGUCGUCCCGGCCAGUUUCCAUGCCCGCCAUGACGUCCGCGCUCGAUGACGAGGAUCUGGCACUGUCGAUAGCACCAACACCUGCCGGACGCCGCAACUCACGCGAUGACCGACCGCAACAGCAGCCUCAGCCGCCUCAGGCGCAUUCGGCAACGCCGGUCAUGCGCUCGUCGGCGAAUCCACAGCAUGUCAAAGCAAUGACUAGACUGGGCCAGUACAAUGUGGUCAAGACGCUGGGAGAAGGGUCAUUCGGCAAGGUGAAGCUCGCCACGCAUGCUGUCACUGGCCAGAAGGUGGCGCUGAAAAUAAUAUCUCGGCGCAAGCUGGUGACGCGAGAUAUGGCAGGGCGUAUCGAACGUGAGAUACAGUAUCUCCAACUGCUACGCCAUCCACACAUCAUCAAGCUGUACACCGUCAUCACCACGCCUACUGAUAUCAUCAUGGUGUUGGAGUAUGCCGGUGGUGAGCUAUUCGACUAUAUUGUGCAGCACGGCAAGAUGCAGGAACGGAAGGCCCGAACAUUCUUCCAGCAGAUAAUAUGCGCUGUGGAGUACUGCCAUCGCCACAAGAUUGUGCACCGCGAUCUCAAACCAGAGAAUUUGCUGCUUGACGACCAACUCAAUGUCAAGAUUGCCGAUUUCGGAUUGAGCAAUAUCAUGACUGAUGGCAAUUUCCUCAAAACGAGCUGUGGUAGCCCAAACUACGCCGCGCCAGAAGUCAUUAGCGGUAAGCUGUAUGCCGGUCCAGAGGUAGACGUUUGGAGUUGUGGUGUCAUUCUCUACGUCUUGCUUGUUGGAAGGUUGCCAUUCGACGACGAGUACAUUCCGGCGCUUUUCAAGAAGAUUGCUCAAGGCCAGUACCAUAUACCUCCAUAUCUAUCACCAGGCGCGACGCGGUUGAUCAAAUCGAUGUUGCAAGUCAACCCAGUGAACAGGAUUGGAAUCGCAGACAUUCGCUUGGAUCCGUGGUUCCAGGAGGACCUUGCCGAGUAUCUUGCUGUUCCCCCGGAGGAAUCCUUCGACACUGGUGUUGACCCAACCAAGUCCAUUGAUCCUGCUACGCUUGGAAAGGGCAAGCCUGCUGUCGUUCAGGAGAAGAUUCAUCAAAGCGUUGUCGGCAAGCUUGGCAAGACAAUGGGUUAUGCUGCAGAUGAUGUGCAAGAAGCAUUACAGAAGGACGAGCCGAGUGCCAUCAAAGAUGCGUAUCUGAUCGUACGAGAGAACGUGAUACAGGCGGCAAAUCCUGCACUGCAAAGAGCCAUCCCAGAUUAUCCAAACUCGCCGCCCGUUAAUCCCGGAAGUCUACUCGCAAUGACUCCACCGCCUAAGAAGCAGCCUACUCCCACGCCUCAACGAAGGCCUGCGCAAUCGCCUCUGGACCACCCGCGCCAUGGCUCCACUGGAUCUGGCUCGCUUAUGGAAGCACGCUCGCCUGCGUCCACCAUCGCGAUUCUGCCUUCAUCGUUACCUAGCUACCACGCGGCAUAUAUGCGAGGUCAUAUUAACAAAUCGCAAUCUCCAACUACGGGCGACGACGACCCUGAAGGGAAGCCACGUACCAAAGAGGAACAGGAGGCCACUGCAAGGCGACUCAAACCACAUAGCAGAAGCUCUACAAAUCUUGCUCGAAGCGACAAACCCGAUCUCGAUAUGACAAAAAUACCAGAAGGCAGGCCGAAGAAGCAGCGACCGACCAAAUGGCAGUUUGGCAUCAGGAGUCGUAACUCUCCUGCUGAAGCCAUGUUGGCAAUUUAUCGCGCGUUGCACAAAAUGGGAGCCGUCUGGGAAGUACAGCCGCCAAAGGAGCACGAAUCUGGCAGUGGGGACGCAAGUCCAGAGCGUGGCAGUGACAACAGAACCCGCAGCAACAGUCCGGAGUAUAGUGAUUCCGACCCUGGCUCGGGGACAGAUCCUGAGUACGCGACCCAUGAGGAGCAAGAACGGCGACGUGCAAAGCGCCGUCAAAAUGGCGAGAACGUCCGCGGGAGAGAGCGAUAUGGACGCUGGAAUGAUUAUGGCUAUGAGAACAUUCCGGAAGACCCUUGGAUCAUCAAUGCUCGAUUCAAGAAGGAGGGCAUGUUUCCGCCGGGUGUUCCACAUCCUGCUUCCGCGCACAGCUCUCAGGUCAACCUGCACCACGAUCAGAGGAAGUCGAAUUCGGCAGCUGUGUCUAUGACGGGCAACAGCUCCGGACACCAUACUCCGAGCUUGAGUGCCAGCGCCGAAAACAUUGCUGCGACUGGUCCUGCUCACGGCAGCGCGGCCGGGUCCCUUCGCAACUCCAUUGCAGGCAGCGAAGUACCGAAGGCACAAGAGAGUGUCUGGGUGUACAUGACAAUCCAGCUGUACGCGAUAGAAAAAGACUUCUACCUCGUGGAUUUCAAGUGUGCGGGUUACGAAAGACUUAUACGCCGGUACAGCUAUGAAACCAGCGGCAGUAACGAAAGCGAUGCGAUCCGCGUGGACAACGCACCGGAUGGUUAUGAUUCUGAGGAUGUGGAGGUCGACGAAGCUGGAGAAGAAUUGAUCGGCGCUGGUCGCACUGGGGAUGAGAAGGAGAUUACUAGUCCCUUCCCCUUCUUAGACGUGGCGAGUAGGCUUAUCAUAGCAUUGGCUGAGGCGAACGAUUAGAUAGAUGCGAACUGGCAACAGGACAAAGAUGCAUUGCAUUUUUCAAGCGAGCUGGUCAGGCUAGCUAUGAUAUACAAUUGACAUGAGAAUUCAUAGCCUAUCUUUCUCCCACGAGGGAGCUCGGAAAGUUGGAGCAAUGGAGGGUUUGCCAUUGCCUUGCAUUGCACAUAGCCUUACGCACGGACACUACGAUCUUGUAUAGGCAGUGGAAGAUCGGCACAACAAGCACUUCCAAGCUUCGUUGCGAUGGUGAAUCUUGCCUUCUCAGGCGUUCGUCGAGCAUCCAAGCCAGCUUUUUGAAUCUUG